AACAGAGUUUUAUGAAACACACAACACAACACCGAAGCUCAGUUUCUCGUUUUCUCAAGAUUUCAAAUUUCGAAAUGUUACUACUCUUAGAGAUUUUGAUCUGUGUGAGUUAGUUGAUGCGUGAUGGGCCUCUGUCAUUCGAAACCUCCAUCCCCCGCCCAGAAUAGUCCUCCUCCUGCUGCUUCAACCUCCUCCGUUAACCCUAACGGCGACGGUGACGGCAAUGAGGGGAAGAAAUCUCCCUUCUUCCCAUUCUUCAGCCCGAGCCCGAGCCCAGCUCAUCCCAAGAAGACUCCGUCGAGCAGCGGAAACUCCUCCACGCCGAAGCAGCGAUUCUUCAAACGCCCCUUUCCUCCUCCGUCUCCGGCCAAACACAUCAGGGCCGUCCUCGCGAGACGCCACGGCUCCGUCAAGUCCAUCCCCGAAGUGGGUUUGGGUUUGGGUUUGGAUAAAGGGUUCGGGUUCUCGAAAGGCUUCUCGGGCAAGUACGAGGUGGGUGAGGAAGUGGGUCGCGGUCAUUUCGGCUACACCUGUGCUGCUAAGUUCAAGAAAGGCGGUGGUGAUUCCAAACUCGCUGUUAAGGUCAUUCCCAAAUCAAAGAUGACGACGGUUAUUGCUAUUGAAGAUGUGAGGAGAGAAGUGAAGAUACUGAGAGCUUUGUCUGCUCAUAAAAACCUUCCUCAUUUUUAUGAUGCUUAUGAGGAUCAUGACAAUGUCUACAUUGUCAUGGAGCUAUGUGAAGGAGGAGAGCUUUUGGAUAGAAUACUCUCUAGAGGUGGCAAGUACACAGAGGAAGAUGCAAAGACUGUUAUGAUUCAGAUAUUGAAUGUGGUUGCUUUUUGUCAUCUCCAAGGUGUUGUACACCGUGAUCUCAAACCUGAGAACUUCCUUUAUGCCUCAAAAGAAGACACCUCUCAGUUGAAAGCAAUUGAUUUUGGUUUGUCAGAUUACGUGAGACCAGAUGAGAGGCUCAAUGACAUUGUCGGUAGUGCUUACUACGUAGCACCUGAAGUUCUACAUAGAUCUUACAGCACAGAAGCUGACAUUUGGAGUGUUGGUGUGAUAGUCUAUAUUCUACUAUGUGGAAGCCGACCGUUUUGGGCUAGGACAGAAUCAGGGAUCUUCCGUGCUGUUCUAAAAGCAGAUCCCACUUUCGACGACGCUCCUUGGCCUUUGUUGUCUUCAGAGGCAAGAGAUUUUGUGAAGCGGUUGCUAAACAAAGACCCUCGUAGAAGAUUGACAGCUGCUCAGGCCUUGAGUCAUCCAUGGAUUAAGGACUCAAAUGACGCAAAGGUUCCAUUGGAUAUUCUUGUUUUCAAACUUAUGAGAGCUUAUUUACGAUCGUCUUCGCUCCGUAAAGCUGCGUUAAGAGCUUUGUCAAAAACGCUUACGGUUGAUGAACUGUUUUACCUGAGGGAGCAGUUUGCUUUACUUGAACCUAGCAAGAACGGGACAAUAAGUCUAGAAAACAUCAAAUCUGCUCUGAUGAAAAUGGCUACAGACGCAAUGAAGGAUUCACGUAUACCUGAAUUCUUAGCACAACUGAGUGCUCUCCAAUAUAGAAGAAUGGACUUUGAAGAGUUUUGUGCAGCAGCAUUGAGUGUUCAUCAGCUAGAAGCUCUUGAUAGAUGGGAACAACACGCUCGUUGUGCUUAUGAGCUUUUCGAAAAGGAAGGAAACAGACCCAUCAUGAUAGAUGAACUCGCUUCGGAACUUGGUCUUGGUCCUUCUGUACCGGUCCAUGCAGUGCUUCACGACUGGCUUAGGCAUACCGAUGGAAAGCUUAGUUUUCUUGGGUUUGUGAAAUUGUUACAUGGUGUGUCUAGCCGCACUAUCAAAGCUCAUUAGAAGGUGUUUUAGAAGUUCAGAAUAUGUAUGAGAUCUCUUUCUGCCAAGAGCUUUAGACCAAUUGGGUUAUAAUAUGACUUUGUCUUUUUGUGAAGAAAGCUGAGGAAGAAACAGGGAGAGUGUAGUUUAAAAAGAGAAGUGUGUGUUAGUUUGUAAAGGAUGGGGAUAGUUUCUAAAUUUGGUAAUUUAUGAUGAUUGAUGAUGUUUCUGACAUGA